GGAUAGUAGCAAGCUAAACAUAAAUUUCUCAUGCUGAACCACGCAGCUAAAAUAAAUUUACAAGGGCUAAUACAUUUACAAUAAGUCGCCAGAAGUGCAAGUGAUCAAGUUUGAAGUGAGUGUAAAUUGGGAACACUCGACAAAUUUUGUGAUCAUAACUUGUGAGCUGCGUACCUGGCUGAACGUAUUUGAAAUUGCAAAUUGUAAACAAAUCAAAAAUGGAAAGGGAGACAGAAACUGUAAAGGAAUUCCUCACCGAUCUCGUGGUGCCGCAUCAUCGUUGCAAUGUGAACAUCAUACCCGACCACAUAACCAUGCUGCACGGGCCCAAAAUCAAGAAGCAACACAGUCGCAAGCGACGCACCCACAAAUCGAGCACGUUGAAUCGCCGCGAAUACGCCGAACUGGGACUGAACACGCUACCCACGCGGCAGAUGAGAUAUGAGCAGGCGCUGCCACUGCACCGCCUGUGGCGGGGCUACAUGCGUGAGCAUCUGGAUCUAGAGGAGGGGGACGAGUUGCCGCAGGUGCAUGAGAAGCGUUACGAGGAGUUCAGCAGGCAGCUAGUCAAGAUGGAUCUACAUGGCGCCAAGCUGCGUGUAAUGCAAUCCAAAUGCUCCACUCUAGUUGGCCUCAACGGCAUCUGUGUCAUGGAAACGAAGAACGUACUCAAGCUGCUGGGCGAGGAUCACAAGGUGCGCACCGUGCCCAAGAGCGAGUGCGUCUUUGGCAUGCACGUGGGCAACAUGGAGUUCACUAUUUUCGGACAACACUUGAAUGUACGGCCAGCGGAGCGCAGCGUCAAGAAAAUCAAAGGCUAUGUGGAGCCUUUCAUGUAGCGUAAAUCAACAGAAAUGAAAACUAAUUGUAAUUAAUUUUAGUUUAAACUUUUAUAUAAAAAUCAUGUUUUAACUGGAAAUGAG